AUGCCCGUUGAAGAUGACGAAGAAGAAGAGGAUGACCAAGAUGAGGAGGAGGAAGAGGACCCUGGCAAAGGGAAGACUUCGUCACCUUCCAAGGAGAAGGAGAAGGCCAAGGAUGGAAAGAAGCCUAAGCCUGACAGCCCUAGCAAGGGUUCGUGGUUCGAUGCAGAGUCGCAGACACGCAAAGCGGAAAGAUCUUGGACGCAAAGCAUGGAAUUGGUCGAGCAGGACAUCGGCAAGCUCAGCUCAGACAUGAUCAAUGGGCUGGCGGAUUUUCGCAGGAAUCCGGCCGAGGCAAAGGAAUUCUCCGCCGAGAUGCUCCUGGUGCAGAAGAGGCAGGAGUGGUUGGCUGCUGUUCUUCAAAAAGACGAUGCAACCCUUUCUGCAAAGAUCAACGAGGCCAACGAGGUUGUGGAUGGAGAUGCGAUGACGACCUCGAGAGACGUUUCAGCCUUGACGCGGGCUGGCCCGUGCUCAGGGUUUGAAAAGCUGACUACAGUGGCUUCCUUGAGCUCGAGAGCAUCGGAGUUCCGCUUGUGUACAUCGCAAGAUGACAUCAAAUCGAAAUUCGAAUCGUUGCAGUUCGAGAAGAAGCAACUUCAGGUACUCAUGGCAUCAUGCAAGACCGCCUUGAACGAGAUGGUUGCUGCACGAAAGAAGCUUCAGGCCAUGAAGGAGAAACAGAAGGAGAAGGAGGUUAAAGAGGCAACGAAAGACAAGAAGCGGGCGGGAAGCAAAAGCGCCAAGAAGACAAAGAAUGCGGUGAUGCAUCCCCUUGUUGACACAGAGUCAGCACCCUGGGCUGCUGACACAUUCAGGAUGGCUUCCGCGGCAAGCUGGAAGAACGACUUGGAUUUGUCGAAGCCUUUCGUCUUGAGCAAGGCUGAGGAAUGCCUGGAGCCGGAAGACAUCCAGAAGGGUAUCAAAGGCUUUCUAGCCGUGUUCAAGGAUAGCAGCAUCCGUGUGACCGAAGGCCGUGCUCAGGCUCCUGUUCAGGAGCAGCUUGCGGAAUCUUUUGUGAAGAGCCUCGGGACCAAGUUGGCGCCAGAGGCCUCGGCCUCACAGGUCAUCUUGAGCUUGAACUCCCAAGAGCGGACCCAGAACCCGGACCUGUUCAAGGCGAUGUUCACGUCGACUUUCGGUGUGGCCGGCUCACACAUCUCCAUUGGCAAGUUUGAACUCCAUAUGUUGCCUUGCUUACGGGCGACAUAUCAGGGCACUCGCUUCGUAACGGUCAUCCUGCUUGGCCCUGUCAUGAAGCAUCUCGCGAAGGAUGCCAAGGAGCAGGUCACUCUGCAGCAGGUGCAAGAGUACCUCUUCAGCUGCACGGCUGAGGAUCUGACUCGGAUCGCUGAUGAUGGAGGUGCGUAUUGCGCCACAGUCGGGCCGAACGACAUCAUCUACUUGCCACCCGGAUGUGCUGUGUCUCACAGGGUGAUGUCUCAAGAUGUUUCCGGCUUCAAAGUUGGCGUUCUCAGCAAGUGCAUGACGUCAGAUUUGGAUCUUGUCCACAAGUUGUGCCCGGAGAAUGCAGCUGUGAGGCAGGCCUUGCAGUUGAUGAAAAAGGCAUCGGGGCGAAAGACGAAUCCUCAGGAGGACGAUGCAACAAAGUUGAAGGAAGAGGAAGACGAAAGGAAGGAGGAAGCAAGGAGGGCAUCCAGAAAGGAGAAGGAAGAGGAAACGAAGAAGGAGCAGGAAGCGGCAGAGGAAGCCCGAAAGGAAGAGGCAGCCAGAAAGCACGAGGAAGCGAAGAGGAAACAGGAGGAGGAAGAGGCAGCCAGACAGGAGGAAGCGAAGAGCAAGCAGGAGAAGGAAGAGGCAGCCAGAAAGGAGGAAGCAGAGAAGGAGCAGGAGCAGCCGAGCCCAAGGAAGAAGCUUCUCCUUGAGAAGGCCUCCUAG